AUGUUAGGCUGGGAUUACAUGAUAGGCAACAGUGAGACGGCCUAUAAUAAAGUGGCGUCACUUGUAAUGGGAUUUAAAGAAUCCAUUCUCGAAGAGAAAGAGCGAAAGAAAGACGAAAGAAAUUGGAAACGAAUCGCUUUGAGAGUAUUGGCCAACAUUUUGGUUUUGAUGCUAUUGGCGUCUUCAGCCUAUGGCGUGGUUCUGGUGGUCGAGCGCUCUCAAGAACCCCUCGAAAGCCCCUCGUGGCUCAGGGCUAAUGAAGUGACACUUGUCGUCGCCGGCAUUGGCAUUGUUUUCCCCAAUAUAUUUGAUUUGAUUGGAAAUAUGGAGGCAUACCAUCCCAGAAUCACUCUUCGCUGGCAGUUAGGGAGACCACAGAACUAACAGAUAUGAGAUUAAAUAUAACUUAUAAUAAGCUA